GUUAGCGGGAGUUUCAAAUUGGGAAGUAGAACUGUUGUGAGUUUGUGACAGUUUCAUUCGGGUAGUGCAAGUUGUAUUUUUUUCAUCAGGAGGUUUUUGGUUACUUUUUGCUACUUUUGGGGUUUUUAAGCGAAUCUGAAUGCUUAACGGCUGAGCCUGUUGCGCUGCUGACUUUCUUUCUGUACAGUUAUUUGCAGCAGACCUUGGAGCUGGUAUUGAUACGCCCACAACGAAAUAAUGUCUGGGGAUCGGGAAUCUGCAGCUGUCAACCAUCGCUAUGAACGCUUAACUGCGGAUGAGAUGGAUGAACAGAGGAGGCAGAACAUUGCAUACCAGUAUCUGUGCCACCUGGAGGAGGCAAACGGUAAGGGAAAUCCAUGCCUGUUUAAUGAAGAACUCCCAUCCCCAACAGAUUUGGAGGAAAGUUUGAGAAAUGGGGUAAUACUUGCUAAGCUGGGUCACUACUUUGCUCCGGAUCUAAUUACCUUGAAGAAAAUCUACGAUAUUGGACAACAGCGUUACAAGGCAGCAGGACUGCACUUUCGACAUACUGACAACAUUAACCACUGGCUCAGUGCAAUGUCUCACAUUGGAUUUCCACCGAUGUUUUAUCCUGAAACAACAGAUGUCUAUGACAAGAAGAACAUGCCACGAGUUAUCUACUGCAUUCAUGCUUUAAGUUUGUACCUGUUUAAGCUAGGUAUGGCUCCUCAGAUACAAGACUUGUAUGGAAAGGUGAACUUUACAGAUGAAGAAAUAAAUGCCAUGACAUCAGAGCUGGACAAAUAUGGAAUUCAGAUGCCAGCUUUCAGCAAGAUUGGAGGGAUUCUGGCCAAUGAACUUUCAGUUGAUGAAGCUGCUGUCCAUGCAGCAGUCAUCAUGAUCAAUGAAGCAAUCGAACGAGGAGUUGUGGAGGAGACUUUGCUGACCCUGCUAAAUCCAAAUGCCAUGUUAGUGAACAUAAACAAGUUAUUGUCUCCAGUUUAUCAGGAACUGCUUUAUCAAGCUAAGGCUGAGAAGUCUGAUAGUGCUAGAAAUCGGUUCCCACAUCACACCUUUGAAGGACAAGAUAUUUAUGAAGAGUACUUGACUCAAGCCGAAAUACAGGGCAACAUCAACAAAGUAAAUGUUCAUGCAGCUUUGGAAUAUGUUGAUGAUACUUUGGAGAAGAAAGAUGCCCAGGCUUUGUAUCUUGCAUUGAAGGCACAGCCCCUGUCCCUUCGUGAGGUGCAGCGGGAAAAUGCUGACUGGUACCUGGAGCAGUUAGCUGUUGACAGAGAACAGAAGGCAUUGGAACUAGGAUAUAAUGAGCCAUUGGAGAAGGAAGAGUUGCAGGCUGGAGUGGAUGUAGCCAAUCAGAAUGCUCAGAGAUACAUCAGCAUGAUUCAGGCCAUUUCCCGUAUUAAUUUGGCAGUGAAGAAUGGUGCGGCUGAUCAAACAGUCAAAGAACUGAUGAACCCAGAGGCACAACUUCCUGAUGUUUAUCCUUUUGCUGCAGAACUGUACCAGAAAGAGUUAUUACUGAUACAGAGGCAAAAUUCACAGGGUGAACUUGUACAGGAAGAGCUUUUUGUUGCAGUGGAGAUGCUAUCAGCUGUGGCCUUGAUUAAUCAGGCCCUGGAAGCUAGAGACAUUAAUGGAUUUUGGGAUAACCUGUUCAGUCCUGCAGCUGGGCUGUCUGAUAUUGAAGAUGAUAAUAUGCAGCGAUACUUUGGAGAGCUUAUGAAACUGAAGCAGAAAUCUCAGGUGAAAGGAGACUCCUUCCUUAGCUGGAAUGUUCUUCAGAAAUGUGUUAAUGAAGUAAAUAUGUCCACUCAGGAGGAACAUGACAAAAUUUUAGCAAUCAAACUAAUAAAUGAGGCACUGGAACAGAAGGACCCUGAAAAAAUUCUUACUGCCUUGUUAUUACCUUCUGCUGGUCUGACUGAUGUGGAGCUCAUUGUCGCAAAGCAUUACCAAGAUGCCUUGAUGAAUUUAAAGAGGCAGAAAGCAGAGGUCACACAUGAUGAAGAUGUGGUGCUGUGGUUGGAUGAGAUUCAGCAGGGGAUCAAUACAGCUAAUCAGGAUACAGAGAAUGUUAAGAAAAUGUGUCUUUGCAUAGCUGCUAUUAACCAAGCAGUAAAAGAGGGUAAACCUUCUCUGACUCUUCGAGUGUUACGUUCUCCAGAUGUUUCUCUGUAUGGCAUUAUUCCAGAGUGUGCUGCAGCGUAUCAGUCUGAGCUUGCCUAUGUGAUGAGAGCUAAAGUGCUGGAAGGUAACAACCAGAGUCCCUGGGUAAAGCAUAGUCUAAAAGAUGGUGGCGAGUACUAUUUUAAUCUACAGUCAUUUGAAGGCACAUGGGAGCGACCACAUGGAUUCAUUCAAAACAGUAUUCAUCUCAGCAAAAGUGAAAUUCAGGAUGUCAUUAGUCGUGUGUCUGCUGCACAUAACCGGGAACUGCUUUGGCAGACCAGCUUAGAGUUCAUUGUCAGACUGCAGGCUCGGAUGAGGGGCUAUCUGAUCCGAAAGGAGGUUUUAAGAAGAAGAAAUUUUUUACAGAAACAGCUACCUGCUAUUAUCAAGAUGCAGGCACAUUGGAGAGGCUAUAAGCAGAGACGAGCAUAUAAUGAAAGAUUGCAUUACCUCAAACAAUGCUGUAAUGCUGCUGUAAAGAUUCAGGCUUGGACAAGAAUGUGGCUGGCACGAAAAAAAUACUUGGAAAGACAGCAGUACUUUAGGAAGCAUAUUGAUGCCAUUGUGAAGAUUCAAGCUUUUUUCAGAGCAAGUAAGGCUAGAGAUGAUUACAGAAUGCUAGUUCAUGCUAGAAAUCCUCCUCUGUAUGUGAUUCAGAAAUUUGCUCACUUGCUGGAGCAAAGCGACCAUGACUUCAGAGAGGAGCGGGAACUACUGAAACUGAGAGAGGAAGUGGUAAAGAAAAUCCGUUCCAAUCAGCAACUGGAAAAUGAUCUGAAUCUCAUGGACAUAAAAAUAGGGUUACUAGUAAAAAACCGAAUUACCUUGCAGGAGGUGGUUUCACAUUGCAAAAAGCUGACAAGAAAAAACAAGGAGCAGUUGUCAGACCUUAUGUCACUAGAUAAACAGAAGGGGCUCAAGUCACUCAGCAAAGAAAACAGGGAAAAGCUUGAGGCUUAUCAGCACCUUUUCUACUUGCUGCAGACAAAUCCUGUUUAUUUGGCUAAGCUGAUUUUCCUGAUGCCUCAAAAUAAAUCAACCAAAUUCAUGGAAUCUGUGAUUUUCUCCCUCUACAAUUAUGCUUCUGACCGACGAGAGGCUUAUUUACUGCUACAGCUUUUCAGGGCUGCCUUACAGGAAGAAAUCAAAUUAAAAGUUGACCGACUUGAUGAGAUCAUCAAAGGAAAUCCAACUGUUGUAAGACUAGUGCUGAGCUUUUAUCGCAAUGCCCGUGGACAAAAUGCACUGCGUGAAAUCCUAGAGCCAGUGGUAAAAGAAGUCUUGCAGGAUAAGUUACUUUGUAUUAAAACAGAUCCAGUUGACAUCUAUAAAACCUGGAUCAAUCAGAUGGAAUCCCAGACUGGACAGAAAAGUGGGCUGCCCUAUGAUGUUACACCUGAACAAGCUUUGACUCACCAGGAAGUUCAACGAAGACUAGACAUUUCAGUUCAAAACUUGAGAGCAGUUGCUGACAAGUUCCUGAAUCGUAUUAUUGCAUCAGUAGAUAAAAUACCGUAUGGAAUGAGAUACAUUUCUAGAGUACUGAAAGAUUCUCUUGUUCAAAAGUUUCCUCGUGCUACAGAAGAGGAACUCUGCAAAAUUGUUGGAAACCUGCUGUACUACCGUUUCAUGAACCCAGCUGUUGUUGCACCUGAUGGCUUUGACAUCAUUGACAUUUCAGCAGGAGUGGCAUUACACAGUGAUCACCGACGUAACCUUGGCUCUAUUGCGAAGGUGCUUCAACAUGCAGCAGCAAAUAAAAUGUUUGAGGGAGAGCACGCCCAUCUUCGUACCAUGAAUGAAUACUUGUCUGAUGCCCAUCGAAAAUUCAGAAAGUUUAUCUGGGCAGCUUGUGCCGUCCCUGAUCCAGAGGAGAGACUUAAUGUCGAUAAGUACACGGACAUGGUUACCCUUGCCAAGCCAGUCAUCUACAUCUCCAUCGGGGAACUUAUUAACACUCACAAGUUGCUGCUAGAACAUCAUGAUUCCAUUUCUUCAGACCACAGUGACCCUUUGCAUGAAUUAUUGGAGGAUCUGGGUGAUGUACCUACAGUGCAUUCCUUGUUAGGCGAUGAGGCCAAUCAGGAUAGUGAGUCCAGUGAAGAUUGUGCCAUCACUCAGUAUGGCAAAGUGGAGAUUUCAUUUAUCCUCACUAACAAGUUUGAUAGACUGGAAACUAACAGUGAAGAAUUUGACUUCAGACGACUCAUGCUUAGUACAAAACAGAUGUUGGUGGAUGUGAUACGAUUCCAGCCUGGGAAUUCAUUGUUUGAUAUUUUACGGAUAACAGCAUCUGAAGAUCAGGAGUCUAGUCACUACUACAUAAUGCAGACUCGUAUUAGGCAAGAUGCUCGAACCCCUGAUAAGAUGAAGAGAAAUCAUUCCUUGUUAGGGGACAGUAAGCUGUCCAUUGAAGAGAAAAAGAGGAAAAUCAUCAGGAACCUACGUAAACUAGAAACGCUUGGAGUCGUCUCUCCCGAUAACCAGUAUCAAGAUAUCAUUAAUGAAAUUGCGAAGGACAUACGUAAUCAGAGGAGGUAUCGCCAGCAUCGUAAGAUGGAGAUAAUGAGGCUGCGACAGACUUUAAAUGGACUGAACUCUAAAACAUUUUUUUAUGAAGAACAAAUUGACUACUAUAACCAGUACAUCAAAACAUGUUUGGAUAAUUUGACUUCCAGUGGAAGGACUGAUGCAAAACACUUGAGCGAAUCAAAGGGAAAGAAUAAGAAGCAAGCAUCCUUGCAUUACACUGCAGCUCGAUUAUAUGAGAAGGGUGUACUAUUAGAGAUUGAAGAUCUUCCAAUAAGCCAGUUUAAAAAUGUGAUAUUUGACAUUAUCCCAUGUGAGCAGGCUGGCACUUUCCAAGUGAAAGCAAAAUUCUUGGGAGUAGACAUGGAAAAGUUUCAGCUUCACUAUCAGGAUCUUCUACAGUGUCAAUAUGAAGGGGUUGCUGUGAUGAAGAUGUUUGACAAAGCAAAAGUCAAUGUGAAUCUCCUGAUUUUUCUUCUUAACAAAAAAUUUUUCAAGAAGUAGUUGCUGUAUUUGCCAUCUCUGGUCUUUGAAGAGGAAGAUGAUAGUACUUCACUUUCAGCUUUAUUCUCCAACGGUCAAGUCAAAAAUAUUGUUCCCAAAAAUAGUUCCCCUUGUAACUUGGACCCAUUUAAGAGCCUCUGAAUCAAGUUUUCACUGUGAUGAUACUAGAGAUGGACUAGUGUGCACCCUUCUUCACCUGAGAAAAGCUACUACUUCUGAUUAAGCUUUCCUCUGCAUAUUUGUAAUGUGGAUUUGCAUUUCCACAAAGUUCAUAAAAACCUGCUGUUUACUUUUUAUGUUGCACUUGAAAGGGAAAAUAUCCAAAGCUUUCCAAAGGAUAGAGUCCAUUGUAUAAUAUUAUUCAAAUGUACAGGAAGAUGUGCCGAGUAUAUGCACAGUGGUUGCCCUUCUCAUUUCCCAAAACCAAAUUUGUUUUAGCUAAAUUAUGUUCUCAGUAUUGAGAAUAUGGGAGAUGGAGGCAUAUGCUGUUCCAAGAAACUUAUUGAUGCAUCUUACAAGGCAGUUCUAGUCAUCCUUGCACUUCAGUGUCUUAAUAGGUUCAUAUGUAUAUACUAGGUUAAUGACCACUAGGGUCUUUAUAAGCCUAGUCCAUGCACCCAAAUGAGAUCCACAAGUUUUAUUGAACUCUGAAGAUAAAGACUAAUGUUGGUAUGUUUCUAUACCUAUCUGGAUGGCCAGUUACUUUCUUCUCGGAGCAGCUCUCUGCAGACUAGCUGAGUAAUUCCAGAGUUCAGAGCAUUAUUGACUGAGAAUGAUAGCUGUUUACCUUUCACAGCAUUAGUAGAUAUACAAAGUACCCCAGAUAACAGGAUUAUUUGUAGAAAUGAUGCUGACUUUAUCUGCACAGUGGGAAAUCUAAUUAAAUUGCACAUAACCUUUACUGAAUUAUUUAAUAUUACGUUAUGAGACAUGCCACCAUGUUUGUUCAGAUAGGGUAUAUCAGCUGUCUAGUUUGGCAUUUGCAAGACAAGGAAGAAAAGUUUGAGUAACCUUUGAGAAAAGAAUCUGCAUUCCCAGACUUGUGGUUUGCGGUUCUAUAUUCCGACCAUUAGUGAGAACACAUUCUUCUUUAUCAGUGAAAAAAGCUUCCAGCGUUCAUAGAGAACAGCAGUUUGCAGCCUUAGGAUGACUGUUCCAACACCAAGCUAUCCUUUUCUCUUGUUUAGAAUGACACUAAUUUCAAAUCUUGUGAGGUAAUUCUAAGAGCACAUAGAUGUUUACAUUGCUGGGUGCCUGAGGGCAAACAAAUCUUCAGACAUUUGUAUACAUAAAGUGCCAUCUGAAUUCUUUUAGCUUUUCCCCCAUGCACUAUUAAUGUCAGUGUGCAUGAAGAUUUUUGUAAGGUGUAUAAAAUUGUUGUCCUCCUACUGGUAGCAGCAAUAAGUAUCCCCUAAGUACAGAACAUGUUUUGGCUUGUGUAGCCAAAAAAAAAUUUUGCAAUGACAACUGGGUAGACUAUUAGGUAGAGUAAGAAACAAUGAACAUGAACUUGUUUGCCAUCUUUAAAUUUGGGGGAUGUUAAAUGUAAAAGCACAGUCACUUUUCCAGCUAUAGGAUCGCUACAUUUAUUGUAUGCGGUCUUAGAUUGGUAAACAUUUUUGAAAAUAUAAUCUUUAUCUAUACUCAUUGAUGAUGGUCCUAUUUGUAAUUGUUUUAUUUUUGUUUCUUUCACAGAAUAAUGCUUUCACACUUAGUAAAGGAUGGUUACUGCCUUCUAUCCUCUACCUGUACUAGCUGAUCGUCUAUUACAUUACUCCUUAUUUACAUUGAUACUGUUUGAACAGUAAAGUUCUUUAUUGCAUAGAAUGUUAGAGUAAAAGCUAACCUUUAGUGAUUCUUUUAUGACAUAGGUCUAAUGUUUUAGGAAAGGAAGUUUCAUCCUUAGUAUGAUGACAAAUGGACUUCAAACAGCUAAAACAGCAAAAAAAGUAUAUUUUUCUAACAGUGUUGAGACAAUCUAUUUUCUCUUUUACCAGAUCUGCAAGUGGCAUAGUCUGAGAUAUUCAUGGUCCUUUGUCCAGGCUUCUCUUGACAAAUAUGUAGAUUUUUUUUUUCUGUUUUAGAACAAGGUUACUUUCUUUAAUGCACUGAGUAAUUGCCGUAAAUGAUGCACUUCGUUGUUUUUAAUGUGAUUGUUCCACUAGUUGGAAUAAUAGUUGUAGUUAUAUCUGUAGAAUAUGUUUGCAUUACUUUGCUGAACAGCACAGUUCUGAGAAAUUGUGGUCUCGGAAAGGUUAUAUGAGCAUACAUAUUAGCCAGAAGAGAAACUCUGCAGGCUUAUUUACAGUUAGAGCUAACCUUGUCACUCCUGAUCCUCUGCCAUCUUUCCCACACUUUCUUUAAACCCUCUGUUUUACUUUCCGCCCCUUUUUCCAGUGGUGAAUUAUCUCAUCCCACCAUCUUUUCCAAAGACUUUCUUUAUCCUCCCUGAAACACCCAAACCUUUGGUCUGCCACUCUUGCCAUUUCUUUCUCUCACACCCUUUGUUUUUAAAAUCUGGUCUCCUUGACAUGCCCCUAACCUACUGCAUCCUUAUUUUUUUGUCUGUCGACUGUUGAGGCUCAUGAGGCAAAAGUGUUUUUACAGGGAUGAACUGCCAGUACUGUCUGGUAAAUGAGCUACUUACAGUCGCAUGUUGACCUAGUGGAGUCUCAGGGAAUCUGACACAAGCAUAUAGAAUGAAGCAUUCACUGAAGUAGAGAUAUUUGUGUAUGAAAUUCUUUCUCUUAGCACUUUCAUUUUAAAGGACCACUCUGGUCAUAAAUUGCAAAUAUGCCUGGUCUUGUUCUGUGAAGUACUGAGGAUGACUCCACCAGAGUCUUCCACUUAUUGGAUUGAAAGCCAGGCUUUUGAUGUCAGGCAAUUAUUUGACAUUUAAAACCUGCCUUCUAAGUUGAAGGUAUGAAUACUUAAGGAACAUUGCUACCAGAACUAGGCCUCAUGCAGGCCUUUCCUAUCCCAAUGCCAACUUUGACAGGUGCAUCCCAAAGCACUGGUGCUCCAUUGCAGUGCAUCUGGCACUCCCCUCUGCCCACUUGACAUUUCCCAUGUUGACAGAGUGGGCGUGCAAAUCCAAGGGAAGCUAUGAUUAUGGAAGGGUCUCCAUCUUUACCUUGGAAAGGGAACCAUACGGAUGCAAAAACCCUUAUCUCAUAGAUAAAGAAAAAAGUCCUCCCCUGCAAAUACUAGUCUUUCCCCAAAGACUCCCAAUUUAGAAGAGAAAAAAAAAAAAAAAACUCCUGCUCAUGAAGUCUUCUGUGGACUGUCCUGUUCCUUACAUUGCUUGAGAAAUGUCUGAAUGAUCUAAAUGACUACUUGGUAAGGAAUAGGAGGUGCCAUGGAUCAUCCUACCUAUAGAGCCUAGACCCAAAGAUGUUUUUUGCAACCUGAAAGCAUCCUGAUCUCAAUCCCUUUGCUUCCAAAAUUGUGGAUGCUGUCUAGUUGUUCCCAUCUGAAUGGAAAGAUAUCCUGUUUAAGCAUACUAAAGUAGGUUUAUCUGUGACCUCUGGUGUCUUUGGAAGCCAAACAUAAGGUCCCAGAGACUACAAGCCAUACGGCUUACUUGCCAAAUAUGAAAUCUAAGGUUUUAGAUAGAAUAGACAACGGAGUAUUUUCCUCUGCCAUCUUGGAUACUUAGAUCCUGAUUCUGAUGUUAAGAAAGAGAUGGUUAAGAACGUUAUCAUGGCUUCUGUGUGAUCCUCUAAUUUUGACUGUGUGCAGUUAGGCUCUUCUCUUUCAAAGAUAAGCUUGGGCAGGCACUUCUGGAUGACAUAGUAUCAGGGUGGAUUUUAAUUGGGAAAGCCUUCCACAACUUAGUUGAAAAUCAUAAAAAAGAAAACAGGUACUUGCCAAUGUGGAAGGCCUCUAUAACUUACUCCUGAUAUUAGCAUCUUCUUCCAGGGCAGUUAUGCUCCCAAGAAAUAAGCCCCCAAUUUCGGAUUCAGGAAGCUCUUUAAGUAUUAAAGAUGUUGCCACCUCUGGCUUUGCCAGCAAAGUCUCCCAGGUGAGUGACCCUUCAGACAAUGACUGUCUUGAAUCCUAAAUACCCUCCACAGCUGUAUGUCAGGUGGGUGGUUUUCUUAGUACACCCUAGCUCAGAGAGGCAUUAUAUAGGACCAGUAGGUUCUAAACACAGUUGCAGCUGACAAUAUCUUAGAGCAUUUGCAUCCUUCUUAAAAAUGGCUGCACUAAGCAACUAAGCUAUCUUUACAGAGCUCUUGGGAUAGGCCUAGACUUCGUUUCUGAAAGGGGCUGUAUAGAAGCUACCAGUGUUUCAGAAGACCAUGUUUUUUAUUCUCAUCUCAUAGUUCCAAAGAGGAUAGAAGAAAUCCCUGGACCUUGUAGAUUUCACCAAACAGGUCUGGUAUAUCAAGUUAGAGAUGGUGAGUCUAAAAAGUCAUGUCUUCGUUAGUACAGAGUACCUGGAUGAGGUUACUGGAAGUGUUUACUGUCUGUUUAGAUCAUUGUUGGGAGUUUGCAUAAAACCAUCCUUUGGCUUGCUGUGUAUGUAAAGCAGUUUCAGUACAGAGUGCUACCAUUUGGUCACACCUCUGAUUUACCAAGAUGUUAGGCAUUGGAUUAAAGGCAUUGCAAAUGAAGGACCACCAUUUAUUCCCUUACUUGCAUGACUAUCUCUUGGUAGUCCCAUCAAGGGACACUCUGGUAGCAUCACUGAUUUGGGUGGUUCCAUUGUAGUCCUGAGAGUCUCCAUAAAUUGGAGGAAGCCUUUUCUGAGGCCAUCUUUGUGAGCUGCCUGAGAAAAGACCUGGACACUGCUCUGCUGGUCCUUUCUACCCAUGAAAAAAGUCAAAGAGGUUUAUAACUUUGACAGCUUGGGUGAGGAUGUAUAAGAAGUUCCAGACUUAAACCCUUCAGCACUGUCUGACCUUAUUGAUGGCCACAGUUUUCACUAUCUUUAACACACCUAAAGAUGCUGUUGUACUCAACUAUGAGGUCUCAGUGGCUACAACAUCAACAUACAAUGAAAUUUCCUUGUGUCAGUCCCAUGCUGCUUUCCUUCGAAGUGAUAGCCAUUUCUCACCAGUCUCAAUCUGGGUUUCCUUUGUUGCAGCUGGAUUUAUCACAAGAUGUUAUGAUGGGUGGCCCACUGGUAUGGUGAAAAGUUUACCUUGGUACUUCUUUGAUUCAAGGAACGUAAACCUUAGAAAAGGGGGCAGCACAUACAUCAGCAAGAGCUAUGAACAUGUUUCUUAAUAUGUAGGCUUUGGCUUGGGUGCUGUUGUGUCAGACAUUCUUGAUUUGGUCUGACGUCUAGUCUACCAUGUGGUACCUAAACAGUAAGGAUUGCAUGAGCCUUUAUUCUCUGUGCAAAGAAGUAAUGUGGAUCUUUCAAGGGAUUCUAGAAAGAUGAGCUUUAAAGCUGCUCAUAUUGCAGGAAGGGUGAGCUUGCAGGCAAACCUACUGAGUUUCUCCUGCAGUCCUUUCCCAGAUUUUAGGGUCUGGAAGUUUUGUCUGGCCAGUCUUCCAGAAGCUGAGCAUUUUGGAAAAUGACCUGUUGAUGUCCCUGGAAAAGGUGGUUCCCCUCUCUCCUCAAUACAGUAGGACAGAGAGGAUUAAUGGGGUGAGCGCAUCACCUUUUCCAUGAGAGGUUCCUGUUCACUUUUUCACCAUUUCCUCUUAUUCUCUGCCUAAUCCUUAUAUCAAAAUUGAAAUGAGAAGGACCACUAGUUAUCAUGCUUACCCCUGGAAGCCAAGAAAGCUGUGAUUCUGGACUUUUAGGUUCCUAGCAAUACAGGAUAAUGUUUUGGUACAAGCCACAAGUUUGAUAGCAAAGACCAGUUUUGGACUUGACUGCUGGUUUAGAUCCCUUAUGCUCACUGGAUCUUUCAGAGAGAGUUUCAGAAUUGACUGGAGCUGUGAGGAAGUGCUCCACUUGUGAAAUGUAUUUUCCUAAGCGGAACAGGUCCUUCAUUUAGUCAGAGAGAGAGAGAUCGUUUACUACCAGGAUGUUAGCCUGUAAGUCACUCUGAACUGCUUGGAUAUCUGCAUGAUUUGAGUCUUGGUUAUUCCAUGGUUAAGGUGCAUGUCUCCAGCAUUUCUGCUCAUCGUUACCUUGUGGACUGCUGGACUGUAUUCACAGCACUGGCUGGUCAGGCAUUCCUUUAAAGCUUUAAAGGGGCUGGGCAUCUCCAUCCUACUUUAAAGAACCUUCCUCCUCUUUGGGACUUGGAUUUCAUAAUUCACUGGCUUUGUCCCUUCCUUUACUUUUCAGUCUGCUGGGUUCAGUGGCUGUGAAGCUUCUCUCUCUAAUGACUUUUUUUGCCAUUACCUCUAAUAGCAGGAUCCUGGAACGUCAGGCCUUGUGUGUAUAAAAAAAAAGAAAGAAAAUUCAGUUCAUUGCAAGGGCUGUGUAUCUCUUAGAUCUAACACAGUUUUCUACAGAAAAUGUCAUCAGGACUCUUCCUAACUCAUUCCACCAAUCUCAUUUUUUUUUUCCAGAAGCCAAAACCUGGAGAGAGAGAGAAAGAGCCUUCUCACUAUGGUCAUUGAACUAUCUUUUCCGAUUCUGUCUGAAGAGAGUGCAGGAGUUCAGUAAUAAAGAACAACUGUUCAUUUACUUUACUCUAGGGAGGAAGGUAGGAGACCAGCAUUUGCAAAGCAAAACCUUUUCUAGUGAACUGUUUAACUGCAUUGUGGUUUGCUUGCUGAAAGUGAUAGUGUCAGAGGCCCCUAUGGAUUUGACUGUUUCAGGUUCCUGGUUCAAGAAUAUGUCCAUUGCGGCCUUUUAUGGCACUGCUUCUUAUUCAUCAGUUCACACCUUCACCAAGAGCAACAACAUGGAAGAUGACUACAGAAACUGGACAUCCUUUGGUACUUUAGUGUCACUGAAUUUGGCCUUCUGAGAUUUUUGCAUUUUGGCCCUUCACCCUUCUGCAAGUGUAUUUUGGCUGCUGCUUGGGAUUCUUAACACACAUGAAUAUUCUCAGCAUCAGAUGUAACUGACAUGCAUCUCUUCUUAUCAAGAUAUUGUGUUUUCACUAUAGAUGGGGGUGAACUGAUGAUCACAUGGAUCUAAUGUGGUGUCCCGUUCCAGUGCAUGAUGUCACAUGGAUGUCAGCAACAGUGCAGGGCAGAAAAAAUGCCAAUCUGGUGAUUACAGAUGAGGAAAUCCUAACAACUUGAAGUGAGAAGGAAAUCCUCACAGAACAUUUUGUAGAUGAACAUGCCUUGUUUUAAUCUGAGGUUUUAAUUUGUGCUUUAGGGAUUAAUAUUGCUAACUUCCACUGGCAUGAUUUUUAAUUGAGAGAACUUUAUGAGGUGGUUCAUUUGAGUUACAGGCAACUGGUUUCUUGCAUCUCCUAUUUUGAGUGUUUGUGUUCAGUAAUAUUUUGUAUAGUGGAGGGAGAGGGAUGAGUUCAAAGGUGUACUGAUUUACUUAGUGUUGAAUGGCUAUUUAAGGUAAUUUUCCAAAGACAUUUUUAAUUGUUAAGGUGUAUUUUGGGCUGAAUUUGAUAUAUGGAGAAUGGUCAUUUAGGAGAGAAGUGUUUUUUUGUUGGUAUCUGCUGACCAUUUUAUUUCAGUCUAGAACUUCCUGAGGUACUAGUAAGGCCUUUUUGUUUUUGAAAUAUGUGAAUGUUAUUUUAGUGCAAAUGUGAUAGUUUCAUUUUAAGAACCUGUAGAAGAGCUUUAUGGUUAAUAGCAACAUUCCAAUGGUGCCAAGUUUGAUGUCCUACAUUUAGUUUUGCUUUCUGGUCCUUUUUUGACUGUUUGUAUCUCAACCCUGAAAUUCUCCUGCCUACAGACAGAGAUGUAUAACUCAUCAUGAUUUUUGUUUUUUAAGUAGGAGAGUUGGUGGUAGUGUUUCAGCACAUUUUCCUGCAUUGUACUUGCUUAAGGUAGUAUGGUAAUUUUUAAUUUUAGACAUUAAAGCUCUGUCCAGAGAUUUUGCUUGCAGUCUUCGGUAUUUUACUGAGGUUGUUUGGUAGACAUAUAAUUCUAGCGUGCACUUUUAGUUUGUUCACAAGUAACCCAUUUGAUGCAAAAUGAUUGUUGGUAACUUUUUGUAGUGUGGUAGAGGAAGAAACUGUCUGAAUUUAGAGAGAAGGAUUUGAGUUUAGUGCUUUCUAGGUAUGUCCAGUCAAGGAUGAAAUUGCCAAUUAAAAUAUUUUCUUCCUUUGUGUUAAGAUUGGUUGUUGAUUGAAUAGUUUGUUAGGUUUGUGUUUGUAAACAGUAAAUUGAAUGCAUCUGUCUCUCUUUAUCUGUGUAUAUGUAUCUGCUGUGAUGUUUAUCUUUGUCCUUUUAGGAUUGUUGAGGUGUCCACGGAAUCCAGUCAGUGCCAUAAUUACUGGCAUUUUACUUUUUGUUAUGACAAGUGGUGGUAUAUUAUUCAGUUUAUUUUGCCACCUCCUUAAUCAUGGCCUAGUUUUUCAAUAGUGAAGUUCCUUGGAAGGGAAAGAAAAAAGUAGAGAAAUGCCACCAUCUUAGAUCUUUUGGAAGUUCCUUCCAUGAAGCAUUGAGGCUGGUAUUAAUCCAAGGCAUGGGGAAAUCCUCCUGUGACUGCCAUCCAAGCUUUCCUCCAUUACUUGAUAGGUAAAGCAGUGCUCCACUGUCCCUCUGACCCACUUGUCUCCAUAUCCAGGGAGAGUUUUUACAACCAUUAUUGCUUUGUUUGGAUCAUUAGGUAAUGCUUUUGAAGAAUAUCAAUCAAUUUUCAACACUGUUCUUCAUGACAAGGACUCAUGAAGUCUUAUCAAGAGUUUUACCAUAUUCUCAUUUUUGAUUCCCCAGAAUCCUUGUCUAAGGUGGUGGUGCUUAUGCGGUAUGUCCUCAAGGGUUUGAGGAUGGUAUAAUGGGUAAGGUGUUCGGCUCAACAGACACAAGGUGCUGGGUUUGAUUCUCACCUUUGAGAAGCAUGACUAGGCUUAGAAAGACGCCCCUGAGGUCAUUAGCCUAGUAACUUCCUAUUAACCUAUGCAGCCAUCGAUGCCCUGCUGAUCAGUUAAGAUCUCACCUCUAGUCUUUUUCGCAACUUUCAUAGGCUCUCACCGCUGAAGUGGCUUACGAGAAAGCCAUUAUCUAAACAGAAGCAUUCUGUGCCAUGGGCUGUCUGGAAGGCCAAUUAUUUUUUUCAGGAAUGGUACAUCAUCUGAUGGCAAGCAUUUUUUUUUUAAUUCUUUAGUCUUGUGAGGAGUAUAGUGAGUACUACUGUCACUUCAAACAUCAAUUGUUUGUUCUUUUUGACUAGAUCAGUAAAGUGUUUUUCAAGACAUCAUACAGGAUUAAGACCUAGGACUCCUAGAAUACAUUUUUGAAGACUGGUUUGAUGAUACUCUGUUUGAUAAUACUGACCAGGUCAAAAUUGCUGUCUCAUGUUAGAGAACCUUUUUAACAAUUCACUGUUUCCCAGAGAUUAAUUUUCUGUUGCAUGCUACCACUUCUGAGGGAGAAUAAUGAAUUGCAUGGGGUGUGGGUAAUUUGCCUCUCACAAGUAAAAUGUGUGCAGAGUUGUAGUCUCUUCUAAAUCUCUAGCCUGGUGGAGAAUUGUGUUCAGAAGAUGUGCUUGCUUUGAAAUUGACAUAGAGUGGGACAAUGUCAUUCAUAGAUACACAAAACAUGCGUAGGGUAUGUCAAAACCUCUUAUUUCCCACAGAUGCCAGCAUCACUCCCAUUGCUUGCCCUUAGAAUUUCAGCUCCGUAGGAACAAUCAGGCCUGCAGGACUUAAAUGAGGGAGCCUUGAAUAGGCUGUGAAUCAGGAGUGCAAAAAAAAAAUGUUUUGAUAAUGUGUCAUCUAAAUUUGCUCCCAAGUGUGUAUGUCAAAAUGUAUGUUAAAUCACUGACCUGCUGCUCAGCUCUACAGACAAUUAGACCAGGAGUUGUAGAAGAUUUAAUAAUCGUAUUUUGUCAAGAAGAAUCUAGCAAUGGUAUAGAAAAGGAUAUGCUGGUACAUAACAGUAUUAUACCAUUACUAUUUAUAUGUGGUGGCUGCUGGUUCAUUUUGUGCAAAUCUUCUAAGCAAAACAUUGCCAGCAGAGCCUUCAGAAUUUAGUAACUUUGUGUCAUUGUGUCAAAAUAAUAAUUCAUUCUUUGUGUGUAUAUAUAUAUAUAUCUGUAUUUUUCUUUUUGUGUGUGUAUGUAUUUAUCUGUAUUUUUGUAAUGUGCUAAAUGAAGUCAUGACUUGUUUUUGUUACUUUAAUUGUUGGUCUUAUCUUCUUCAUUCAACUUAAUAGUAAAGUCAUCGCAAUGUGUGUAUGUGAUAAUCCCUCCCCUAGUUCCUUAUAUCACAUACUCACUGCAUUAGAAUUUUUAGAGUAGCUUUUCAACUUUAACUGAUGAGCUUUAAGAAUAUUUUAUUUGUAUUUGAGUCUGCUUCCACUGCUGCUAUCAGCUUGAUUAUUUAUUACCAGUAUAUGUAUAUUCAAGAAACUUGUUGAGGCUGUCCUGAAGCUAUAUUAAGACAAAAAAAAGACUGCAGAAGAUUUUACUAGAUUUUAUGCACACUCCUGCACCGCUUAUUAUUCUGAAAUGGUUUGCUGCUGUAUAUUAGAUAUGUAAAUAAACAUAUUAGUAUGAUU